GCUGCAUGUAAAUUCAUCAAAUCCCACGUGGACUCCAGCAAUGUUGAAUCCUUGUUCUAUGCUGCCCAGUCCAUCCGGGCCCUGUCUGGCUGUGAGGUCACCAUUUCAAAUGAGACCAGGGAGCUGCUGCUUGCAGCUGUCAGUGAGGAUUCCUCAGUCACUCAGAUCUUCCAUGCUGUUGGUGCCCUGAGUGGCUUUGGCCUUCCUUUAGCAUCCCAGGAAGCACUGAGUGCUCUUACUGCUCGUCUUAGCAAGGAAGAAAAUGUGCUGGCAACCAUUCAAGCUUUGGAGACAGCAUCUUACUUGUCCCAGCAGGCAGAUCUGAGUGGCAUUGUUGAGGAGAUCGAGGAUCUUGUUGCUCGCCUGGAUGACUUGGGUGGAGUUUAUCUGCAGUUUGAAGAAGGAAUUGAGACCACUGCCCUGUUCGUUGCUGCUGCCUAUAAGCUGUCAGACCAUGUGGGUACGGAGCCAGCAAUGAAGGAGGAUCAAAUUAUUCAGCUGAUGAAUGCAAUUUUCAGCAAGAAAAACUUUGAGACCCUCUCAGAAGCCUUCAGUGUUGCUCGUGCUGCAGGUGCUUUAUCCCAGAACCGCUACCACUUGCCUGUCAUUGUUGUCCCUGAGGGGCCUGCAGCUGUGUCUCACCAUCAGCCCAUUCUCAGGCUGCAAGUGACCAAUGUUAUGUCCCAGCCACUGACCCAAGCUUCUGUAAAGCUCGACCACGCCAAGUCUGUGUCUAGCAAAGCCACUGUCCUUCAACAGACACCAUUUGCUCUGUCAGGAGACAUCUUUGAGCUGAACUUCAUGAAUGUGAAACCUGCAAGUGGAUAUUAUGAUUUCUCUAUCAGUGUAGAUGGAGAUAAGCGAUUUAUUGCUAACAAAGUGGAGCUGAAAGUAAAAGUUUCCACAGAAGUUGGGAUUACUAAUGUGGAUCUUUCUACUGUGGAUAAAGAUCAGAGCAUUGCCCCAAAAACAACCAGGGUAGCUUACCCGGCCAAAGCCAAGGGCUCGUUCACUGCUGACAGCCAUCAGAAUUUUGCUUUAUCCUUCCAGCUGAUAGAUGUGAACAGUGGAGCUGAACUCAUCCCUCACCAGACCUUUGUCAGACUUCACAACCAGAAGACUGGCCAGGAGGUGGUGUUUGUUGCAGAACCAGACAGCAAGAAUGUCUACAAAUUUGAACUGGAUACCUCUGAAAGAAAGACUGAAUUUGACUCUGCCUCUGGUACCUACACUCUUUACUUGAUCAUUGGAGAUGCCACUCUGGAAAAUCCAAUCCUGUGGAAUGUGGCUGAUGUUGUGAUCACAUUCCCAGAAGAGGAUGCACCAUCCACAGUCCAGUCCAAGAACCUUUUUGUUCCCAAGCCUGAAAUUCAGCACCUCUUCAGAGAACCUGAGAAAAGGCCUCCCACGGUGGUCUCUAACACCUUCACAGCAUUGAUUCUCUCCCCUCUGCUUUUGCUGCUCAUCCUGUGGUUCAAGAUAGGUGCCAACAUCUCCAACUUCAGCUUUGCUCCCAGCACCAUUGUUUUUCACAUGGGACAUGCUGCAAUGUUGGGACUCAUGUAUGUCUACUGGACUCAGCUCAAUAUGUUCCAGACUCUGAAGUACUUGGCCAUUUUGGGUGGUGUCACAUUCCUGGCAGGCAACAGGAUGCUGGCUCAGAAAGCUGUGAAACGGACACACUAGUACCAGAAGAAUGGAAGAAAUGUGGGAAAACAAAGCAAAUGCCUUCAGCACGGAAGUGAAUAAAUAACUGAAAGCCCAGAAGAAGGAAGGCAGAAGCAGAUUUUUUUUAUAUAUAUAUUAAUUCAAAAGGGUGCCAGUUCUACUUUUUUUAAAACCUUGAUUUUCAUCAUUGUGUUCAUGCUACUUGAGUGCUUUUCAUAUGAAUCUGGAAAAUCCUUUCUUCCCUGGAUCCUUCCCCUUCUCCCAGGACGUUUGAAUUUCCUUUCGAGAAAGAGGAAAAAGAAUACACAAUUCUGCCUUUCCCCAGAAGCUCUUUCCUCAUCCUAAAGAUCUGUGAAUAAAGAGGAAAGAAUGGU